AUGUUGAAAAUUCUUAAUGAUUUGAGAGAAGAGCCUGUACCGAACACGAAUGUUAAAUUUAUUGAACUUUAUCAAUGUAACAAAGAACCGGAUGAACGACCACAUAUUUCCAAAGUAAGUGAAGUAAAUAUUAUUGAUUUUAAAAAUAAUAAUGUGUCUACUGUUUCUUAUCAUAAAGGAGGAGAAGAAAGUAUUGUACAUUCUUGUCAAAUUGUUUUAAAUAAGCUUAGUCAAGAACUUUAG